AUGCAGCCGACAGCUCGCUGGUUGCUGCAGCGCCUGGUAGCUGCUGCAGUGGAUUCAUUGAGCAGCAGCAGCAGCAGCAGCAUUGCCCACAGCCUGCAGCAGCAGCAACAGCAGCAGCAGCAGCAGCAGCAGCAAGAAGUAGCGCAGCAGUUCGCCACAGACCUCGUCAAGCUGCUGCGGUGUAUGUGCACCUUCCCCAACGUUGCUGCUCUUGCUGCUCUGCGUCCUGCCUCUCCCCUCCAGUUGCUGUCACUGCAGCGCAGCAGCAUGCAUGCAGCAGCAGCAGCAGCAGCAGCUGCUGCUGCUGCUGCUGCUGCUGGUGCUGGUGCUGCGCCAGAAGAGGUCCCUGUACACCGCAGCUGCAGCUUCUUCCCCUUUGGCUGGGACCAGCUGCACAGCAGCAGCAGCAGCAUUGCCCACAGCCUGCAGCAGCAGCAGCAGCAGCAAGAAGUAGCGCAGCAGUUCGCCACAGACCUCGUCAAGCUGCUGCGGUGUAUGUACACCUUCCCCAACGUUGCUGCUCUUGCUGCUCUGCGUCCGGCCUCUCCCCUCCAGUUGCCGUCACUGCAGCGCAGCAGCAUGCAUGCAGCAGCAGCAGCAGCAGCAGCAGGUGCGGCAGCAGCAGCAGCUGCUGCUGCUGCUGCUGCGCCAGAAGAGGUCCCUGUACACCGCAGCUGCAGCUUCUUCCCCUUUGGCUGGGACCAGCUGCCGCCAUCAGCCACGCAUUGCUGCUGUUGUUGCUGCCUUUGA